UCUGAGCCGCUGCCCUCAGAUCGGUUUAUGCAGGAGGUGGGAGUUGAGUCCGGGAGGGAGGAAAGGGGGGAAAUGAUAGUAAAUCCACUCAGGUCCUCUUGAAUUUCGUGUUUCUGCGUGUUUUUACUCCGCUGUUUCUCCCGCUCUUCCCGCGCCGAGGAGAGAGAGGCGCGCGACACCUGAACCUGAGGAGUUUCCCGCGCCGCGCGGAGAAAACCCGCGAGUUUAAAUUGAGGAGAUUAAAUCCGGAGAUGAAGAGAGAGAGCCGGGUUUUCUGUGGGAUUUGGAUCGGGCUCGCCUCUUUCUCAGGUCUGGUGGCUGGGUUUUCUAUGACCCCACCUACUAUUGACAGCACCAAAGACCAACUUGUGAUUGAUGCCAAUGACACAUUGACCAUUACGUGCAGGGGACAGCUGAUUCUGGACUGGGCCUGGCCGGAACAGUCUCUCAGUAAAGUUGAGCUCAGUGAGCGAGAGGGGCAGCAGCUCAUCACCCAUUCAGAAGACCAGAGAGUGCUGUGGGUGCGAGAGUGUCAGGGACAGCCUGGGAAACCUUACUGUAAAACCCUUGUGCUGAGCAAAAGCCACAGCGAUGACACUGGCUACUACCGCUGCUUCUACCAGGACAUUAAAGUCAUCAUCGAUGGAACAACAGCCGCCAGCGUGUACGUCUUCGUACGAGACCCAAAUAACCCGUUUGUUAAGAGAAGAGAUGACAUGCACACCAUCUUCCUGAGAGCCUCAGACACACGAUUUGAGGUGCCAUGUCUGGUCUCUGAUCCUGAGCUGAAUGUUACCCUCUUCUCUUUACAGCAGGAACCUAAACCUUUGGAAGGUAAAGGCAUUACAUGGAGCAACAAGAGAGGUUGGACUGUCCCCAGACAUGCCGUUAACCACAAGUCCGUGUUUAUGGGCUUCUACUGUUCCUUGAUUUCUAAUGGCAAAGAAUACUCAACUCAGCUCUACUUUCUGAUGGAAAUGGGAGCAAAGUUUUAUGAGCUCAAGCUGUUUCCUGAAGACUCGCCCCUCGAGCUGAUGCAAGGCGACGUCCUGGUCCUCAACUGCACGGCGCUGGUGGAGUUCAACACAGGUGUGGAAUUCAAAUGGACCUUUCCAGGCCAGAAGGAUAACAGGGUUAUAAGUGUGCAGCCGGUGCGUCAAAUCAUGGACCAAGCUACAGAGGCCACCAGCAUACUGACCAUUCCCAACGUCAACAUCAACGACUCCGGCGUCUACACCUGCUUUGCUAACAGUGUGGAAAACAGUUUGGAGCGCUCCAUGUUGGUCAUAGUGUAUGAGGAACCCUUCAUCAGUUUGGACUACAGAAACGGUUCAGUGGUGGAAGCUAAUAUCGGACAAAAGUCAGUGAAGUUAUCUGUGAGAGUCUCUGCAUUCCCCACUCCAGUCACGCAUUGGUAUAAAAACAAGACACUGAUAACGAGGCGCUUAAGCAGAUUUAAGUCGCAGGAUCAUCACCUAGAAAUCCGAGAUGUGCGUAAAGAGGAUGCAGGAGAUUACACUCUGGUUCUGAAGAACACGGUUACUGAGAAAAAACUCCGCUUCAUUCUUAUAGUCAAUGUGCCGCCGCAGAUCCAUGAGAAGGAGGCGGCAGCACCUACCAACCCAUACAGGAUGGGUAGUCGGCAGACUCUCACCUGUACUGCCACCGGCUACCCCCCGCCAACAUCUAUCAGCUGGCAGUGGAGACCUUGGAGCCCCUGCGGCCCGAAUCCCACCCGCAAACCUUUAGCUCGUAGAGGACAGCGGGACAAGGCUCCUGAGUGUCAGGACUGGACUGAUCUGGAUCUGGAGCACACUGUAAAUGUGAUUGAUAGUAUGGACACUUGUCUUGAGUCAGUAGAUGGCAGACUAAAGACGGUGGGUCGUGUUGUAAUCCGAAAUGCUAAUGUGUCGGCUAUGUACAAAUGCUCAGCGGAGAACAAAGUGGGCAAAGAUGAGCGGCUCAUUUACUUUUACGUGACCACCAUUCCUGAAGGUUUUGGAAUUGAGGUGGAGAACACAGAGGAGCCCCUGGAGCUGGAUGCAGUGCGUCUGAAAUGCAGUGCUGAUAACUACACCUACGAAAACUUACGCUGGUACCGUCUGGACCCUCAGGCCGUUCCUCCAGAGGACUGUAAGAGCCUGCACAAGUUCGCCCAGGCUCUGAGCGGAGAGCUCUCCUUUCAGGUCGCCCACAAAAACUGGGUCCUGGAGCUCGCCUUCCCCAGCCUGCAGCUCCAGGACGAGGGAAACUACGUGUGCGAGGUUCAGAACCGGCGCAGCGGAGAGAAGCAUUGCCUCCGCAAAUACCUGCCUGUGAAGGCCCUGGAGGCCCCGAGGUUCCAGCACAACCCCACCAACCAGACAGUAAAUGUCAGUGCAUCUCUGCAGAUGGAGUGUGAUGUGGAAGGAACUCCUUCUCCAAAGCUUUCCUGGUUUAAAGACAACCAGCCUCUCCACCUAGUAUCAGGGAUCCUGCUGCAGGACUCCAACCGAACGCUUAGCAUCCAGCGCGUCCGCGAGGAAGACGCCGGUCUGUACACGUGUACCGCCUGCAACCAGAGAGGCUGCAUCCACUCCUCAGCAACGGUGUCUGUUAUUGGUUCUGAUGACGGCACUAACGUGGAGAUUGUGAUCCUCAUCGGCACUGGAGUCAUCGCCAUCUUCUUCUGGGUUCUCCUCAUCCUCAUCUUCUGCAAUGUCAAACGGGUGAACCCAGCUGAUAUCAAGACAAGCUACCUGUCCAUCAUCAUGGACCCGGGGGAGGUUCCUCUGGAGGAGCAGUGUGAAUAUCUUCCCUACGAUUCCAGCCAGUGGGAAAUCCAGCGGGACCGUCUGCGCCUUGGGAAGGUGCUUGGUCACGGUGCUUUUGGCAAAGUGAUAGAGGCGUCCAUUUAUGGGAGUGACAAGAAGUGCAGUUUCGGCACCGUAGCUGUAAAGAUGCUCAAAGAGGGAGCCACAGCCAGCGAGCACAAAGCCUUAAUGUCGGAGCUGAAAAUCCUCAUUCACAUCGGAAACCAUCUGAAUGUGGUGAAUCUGUUGGGGGCUUGCACUAAACCCAGCGGUCCUCUGAUGGUUGUGGUGGAGUACUGUAAAUAUGGAAAUCUAUCAAACUACCUGCGGACUAAGAGGGAAUUCUUCUUGCCGUAUCGGGAUCGAUCUCCUAAAACUCAGAGUCAGGUGAGGAGGAUGAUCGAGGCCGGGCAGAUGGAACUGAGAGACCGUCAAACUCAUUCCAAUAUCAACUCUACCAAAAAUCUCCGGGGCAAAACCAGUCCGAGUAGCCCCCCCUCAGAGGAGAAAAUGGAUGACCUCUGGAAGACUCCUCUUACGAUAGAGGAUCUUAUAUGUUACAGCUUUCAGGUGGCACGAGGGAUGGAGUUCCUGGCAUCUCGUAAGUGCAUUCAUCGAGACCUGGCAGCCCGGAACAUUCUGCUGUCGGAGAACAAUGUGGUGAAGAUCUGUGAUUUCGGACUUGCUCGUGAUAUCUACAAGGACCCAGACUACGUGCGGAAAGGAAACGCCAGGCUGCCACUCAAGUGGAUGGCUCCUGAGAGCAUUUUUGAUAAAGUGUACACCAGCCAGAGUGACGUCUGGUCCUUCGGGGUGCUGCUGUGGGAAAUCUUCUCAUUAGGAGCUUCUCCAUAUCCCGGCGUGCAGAUUGAUGAAGACUUCUGUAAUCAGCUGAAGGACGGAACCAGGAUGAGAUCUCCUGAUACUGCCUCCCCUGAAAUAUACGGGAUCAUGCUGGCCUGCUGGCAGGGCGAGCCCAGAGAGAGACCCACGUUUCCUGCGCUGGUGGAGAUACUGGGAGACCUUCUGCAGGACAACAGCUUACCUGACGUCCCCUUUAAUGUGUCUCAGAGCUCCUCAGAUGACGGGUUCUCACAGGCCUCCUCCAGACCUCCAUCAGAGGAGGAGCUGAGGCUGCCCUGCAACACCAUGUCAGCCAGAUAUUAUAACUGUGUUCCGUUCUCCGGCUGCGUGAUGGUGAGCUCCUCUAAAACGUCUCACUCUCGAGUAAAAACAUUUGAGGAGCUUCCGAUGGAGAUGACCUCCCAUAAAUCACAUCAUGACAGUCAGACGGACAGCGGGAUGGUUUUAGCGUCUGAAGAGCUGGAGAGACUCGAACACAAACACAGAGGGUCCAUGAUGAACUCAGCAGGGGGAAGCAGCACAGAGCGGCUGAUCAGCAGCUCCUCUCGGCCGCUGUUCUUCACUCAGCUCUCGGGUCAGACCUUCUAUAAUAACGAGUACGGGCAGCUCUCUGAAGACCUGAGUGAUUUCCUCUCCACUCCCGACCCGACUCUCACCAACCUGUAACCCCGCCCCCUGACCCCCCAGCGACGACCUCCUGACCCCUGACCCCCACACAAACUGAUCGGACCCUCCGCCGCGUUCUGUUCUCUCUGCUGCCACUGGGUGGCACCAUUACAUCAGAUACAAAUUAAAAAAUAUUUUAAUGCCUUUUUGUUACAUUUAUCUUAAUAUGAAGUUUAAGCUUCUUUUGUUUAUUUGUACAAAAAAUUAUCCCGAAUAGGAAAAAUAAAAUAUAUCUUCUUUUAA